AUCUGAGAUCACCCUAUUGGUUUCGUCUACGGUUAUGCGUCACCAGCCUGUCCCCGCCCUUGCAGGCGCAUGCGCAGUGCGUCCUGCUGGUUAAUGGCUGAGUAAGGCGCUCGCUGAUUGGUCGGCCGGGCGCUGGGCCGGGCCGGGCCUCGCCUGACUGUCGGGGAGCAGAGGAGGAGGCGUCGCCGAGGAGACCGGGCCGCUGCUGGAGUGUGAGACCGAGCUCUGAGUGGAGCCCAGGGGAUUAGAUCGUAGUCAUGUCAAAAGUUCUGAGAGUUCAGACCACGCCUGAGUGCUAGAAUUAGCUGGAAGAAGGGUGCACUAAGUGAGAGAAGCUUACAGUAGAAUAUGAAACAGGCUUCAACAUGACAUCCAGAUUUGGGAAAACGUACAGCCGCAAGGGUGGGAAUGGAAGCUCUAAGUUCGAUGAAGUGUUCUCCAAUAAACGAACCACUCUUAGUACAAAAUGGGGAGAGACCACAUUUGUGGCCAAAGUAGGACAGAAGAGACAGAAUCACAAAUCAGAUGUUGCAGACCUCCCAAAGCGAACCAAAGUUGACGAUGAUGAUGACAUGGCGGAGGAUCCAUUUGGAUUUGAUAGUGAUGAAGAGUCAAAGCCAGUGUCAUCGAAAAAUAUCUCUCAGCCCAAGAGCGUCACUCAACAAUCCUCAGAACGCUUGGGUGCAACAGGCUCAGAGAAUGUCACCCCUGUGUUAGAUGCUAAUAACAGAACAGAUCAUCCUUCAGAAUCCACAGUGUCAUACAAACAUCUUUCAUUUGACAGUACAUUACAUGGACUGAAAGAGAAAAAUUCUAACAAAAUCACUGAAGAUAAUAAACAUCUUAGUUCACCUAAGAAAACGGUCACAGACAGGAGUCUAAUAGGACUAGCCCCACCCUCUCUUGCUGGACUUUGCCCAAGCCUUUGCUACAGCUUGGACAAAGAUGAUGCUGCAGCCAUACCGGUUUAUAUUCUGGAUGGUAUGGUGACCCCUAGUGGUAAUGCACAGAGCUUCCUAGAAGACAAAAAUAGCUAUACUGCUCAAAAGAAGAGUGACUUUGACAGCAAAAUGUCUUUUGAUACAUUACAUUUUGGAGUUUCCACAAAACCAUGUAAUAGUAACACAAAGCCUGUGGAAUCAGUUCUUUCUAGUUUUGCCACUGACACAGAUGACUGGGUCUUGGAACCUGUAAAGAGACCAGAUUCCCCUGUACUGAAAGAACAGGCUCAAGAGACACAGAGGUUUGGACUGUUUGACUGGGAAGAUCUGACUGAUGAAAACUCAGAAACUCCAGACUUUGAGUUUUCUUUGAGUGCAAGUAGUCCUAAAGUUGAAGAAGACGGCAUCCAACCUAAAGAACAACCAACAGACCCUGAGGAGCAAAUAGGUGAAGAUUCUCUCCAGGGUGGUGUGAAACUUGGUAACUGCAGGACAUACUGUAGGUCUAGCAAAGCAAAAUCUACGCAAGGUUCAUCAAACUUCGAUAAAUUGUUAGAUGGUGCCAGUUAUAACACAGACAAGACCAAUUCUGUGAAUAAAAGCAGUGGUAAUAGACCCACUGGUCGGACUAGAGAUUACACCGUUCUCCACCCAUCAUGUUUGUCUGUAUGUAAUGUUACCAUACAGGAUAGCAUGGAACGGAGUAUGGAUGAGUUAACUGCAAGCCCUUCUACAGAUUUAGGGGAAGCAGGGCGUCUUAGAAAAAAAGCUGAUAUUGCAACAGCAAAAACAACCACAAGGUUUCGCCCUGGUAAUACGAAAUCCAAGAAGGAUGCCAAGUUGGAGUUUUUUGGGUUUGAUGACCAAGAUGAUGGAGGUGGUGGCGAUGGUGCAUCUAAAACUUUUGGACAGUCAAGCUAUAGAAUAAAAUAUUUUGGAUUUGAUGACUUGAGUGAGAGUGAUGAUGAGGAUGAAGAUGAAUGGCAACAAAAAGAGAGAAAAUCAAAAAAGAUGGCAAAGAGUGCAGUGAUGGAGGCAGAGUGCAGUGAAUCCAUCUUUGGAGUCGGUACAAAUCUGCAGAGUAUGCAGUCAGCAAAUAAUAUUGAUUCUGUAGACGAUCCUUAUGCUGAACCUGUCUUUAAAAAACCUGCCAGCAGACAAGGAGAUAAAAAUAAGGAUAACGCCAGGAAAAUAUUCAGUGGACCAAAACGGUCUCCAACUAAAGCAGUCUAUAAUGCAAGACACUGGAACCAACCUGAAGCAGAGGAGCUUCCUUCCUUACCUGCGGCCAAAGCUCAGUCUGUACCAGUGAAGCCAUCAGAGUCUUCAGCUCCAAAAGAUGAUGGUGUUUUCAAAGCACCAGCUCCUCCUCCUAAAGUUAUCAAAACUGUGACCAUCCCGACACAGCCGUAUCAAGACAUAGUAACUGCACUGAAAUGCCGGAAGGAGCACAAAGAGCUGUACACCGUGGUUCAACACGUGAAGCACUUCAAUGAUGUGGUAGAGUUUGGUGAAAAUCAGGAGUUUACAGAUGAUAUUGAGUACCUGCUGAGUGGAUUGAAGAGUAGUCAGCCCAUAAACACAAGAUGCCUUAGUGUUAUCAGCUUGGCAACAAAGUGUGCAAUGCCAAGUUUCCGAAUGCACCUGCGAGCACAUGGAAUGGUAGCAAUGGUCUUUAAAACACUGGAUGAUAGUCAGCAUCACCCGAAUCUUGCACUUUGUGUUGCUGCGCUCAUGUACAUACUAAGUAGAGACCGCUUAAACAUGGACCUUGACAGAGCAAGUCUAGACCUUAUGAUCAGACUUCUAGAAAUGGAGCAAGAUACCACUUCCAGGUAUAUGAAUGAGAAAGAUAUGAACAAAAUUAAAGAGAAAAUUCGCAAGCUCUGUGAAACAGUACACAACAAACAUUUAGACUUGGAAAAUAUUACGUCUGGCCAUUUAGCUAUGGAAACUUUGUUAUCGUUGACUUCCAAGCGUGCAGGAGAUUGGUUUAAAGAGGAACUUAGACUGUUAGGUGGGCUGGACCAUAUUGUCGAUAAAGUGAAAGAAUGUGCAAAUCAUCUUGACAAUAAUGAAGAUGAGGAAAAAUUAGUUGCAUUUUUGUGGGGAGCUGAAAGAUGCUUAAGAGUUCUGGAGAGUGUCACUGUGCACAAUCCAGAAAACCAGAGCUAUUUGAUUGCAUACAAAGAUUCCCAGCUUAUUGUUUCUUCAGCAAAAGCUCUCAGACACUGCGAGGAGUACAUUCAGAGAUAUAACCGAGCUGAAGAAAGCAUCUGCAUUCCCCAUAAUAAGCCACUUGUACACCACAGUGCAGGCAGUCAUGUUGGUAAAGCUGUGGAGGACUGCAUGAGAGCCAUCAUUGGUGUUCUGCUCAAUUUAACAAAUGACAAUGAAUGGGGCAGUACAAAGACUGGUGAGCAGGACAAUCUGAUAGGCACUGCAAUGAACUGUGUUCUACUAGUUCCAAAGUACCUACCUCAAGAACAGAGAUUUGAUAUUCGAGUUUUGGGAUUGGGUUUGUUGAUCAAUUUAGUUGAGUAUAGUGCUAGGAAUCGGCACUGUCUUGUAAACAUGCAAACAUUACAAUCAUAUGAUUCUUUUAGUGGGGAAGAAGAAGCGCUAUUCGUGGAAACUAGGCAAAUAAAUGCAGUACAUGCGUUGGUGCAGCUUUUUUUGGAGCGCGAGAAAGCUGCCCUGUUAGCUGAAAGUCAAACGGAUGAGCUGAUCAAAGAAGUCCCUACAGCACAGCAUGACAAGAGUGGUGAGUGGAAGGAAACCGGGGGAGAGAUCCAGUGGGUCUCAGCGGAAAAGGGCCCAAACACAGAAGAACCUCCAAAGAAGGAAGAAGAAGAAGAAGAACUUGACCUUAAUAAAGCUCUCCAGCAUGCGGGCAAGCACAUGGAAGACUGUAUUGUUGCCUCGUACACAGCUUUGCUUUUGGGCUGCCUCUGUCAGGAAAGUCCGAUGAAUGUGACUACUGUACGAAGUCAUUUACCCGAUGGAGACUUUUCAAUAAUGACUGAAAUGCUGAAAAAGUUUCUCAGUUUCAUGAAUCUUACAUGUGCCGUGGGAACAACAGGGCAAAAGUCAAUUUCCAGAGUCAUUGAGUAUUUGGAACACUGCUAGUAUUUCUCAGCUGUGAUCUUUGGAGCUAAAGCCAACGGCAGGAAAAUAAAAUCGUUUGUACCAGUUUCAUGAAGUAUGUCUUUGGGUUUUUUUGUAAAUAAUUUUAACUCAAAUAAAAAUUGCUACUUUCAGUA